AUGGAGAUCCUCGGUAACGUUAAGAAUUACGAAUGGGGCAAACUUGGACGGCAAUCGUUUGUUGCCCAGCUCGCCCUAUCAAACAACCCCCAGCUGAAGGUGGAGGAAGAAUCUCCGUACGCGGAACUUUGGAUGGGUGACCACGUUAACGGGCCGGCUAUGGUAAGAAGUAAUAGCAAAGGGUUAGAUGAGGUGAUACGGGCUGAUCCGCACGGCAUGAUUGGCACGGCCGAUGGACAACUGCCGUUUCUGCUCAAGGUGUUAAGCAUCCGGAAGGCGCUCAGUGUGCAGGUUCAUCCGGAUAAGGUGGAGGCGGAAAAGCUACACUGUCAGUUUCCGGAUAUUUACAAGGACCCGAACCAUAAGCCGGAGUUGGCAAUUGCGUUGACUGAGUUUCAGGCAUUGUGUGGCUUUCGACCGCACGCAGAGAUAUACGGGUUUCUCCAGGAGUAUCCCGAACUGCAGGAAUUACUAGGGUCAAGUGUUUUAACGAAAUUCCAACUCAAGGACGAAUCAGCCGUAAAGUUUGCUUACGAACGAUUGAUGCACAGUGCGCCGGAUGAUGUUAAACGUUGUAUCGACGGUAUUGCUAAACGGAUGGUUGGAUUAGAACCAACGUCCAAGGACCAGCUGUUCAUGCGUCUGUACGCCGACUUUGGGCAGGAUGUUGGUGUGUUGUCGAUCUUUUUUCUCAAUUACCUUCAACUAAAACCCGGCCAAGCGAUCUAUCUGGCGGCGAAUGUACCGCACGCCUACCUCGACGGUGACUGCGUCGAGUGUAUGGCCUGUUCGGAUAAUGUGGUGCGGGCUGGAUUGACACCAAAGUUCAAGGAUGUCGAUACACUGCUACGUUUGGUGUCUUACGACUGUUUGCCCGGUGAAAGUAUGCUGUUUCAGCCGAAAGUUUUGCAGCCCAUAGAGGAACCGCACACACGCACAUUCGUGCCUCCAGUGCCGGACUUUGCAGUAACGGAGAUACGGCUACCAAACGAUGUGCGGGAAUACGUCGUAAGCAAUCCUAUGAAUGGAUCAAUUCUACUCAUUAUUAGCGGUAAAGGAAAGUUAAAGGUUGCCGAAUCGGAAAUUGAGAUGAGCAUGGGAAAAAUUAUCUUUUUGCCCAGCAGUACUGGAAGAAAGCUGCAACUGAAGGUAGAGUACGCUAAUGGACCAUUCCUAGCGUUCCAGGCAAUGUCUAAUCAGUUCGCAUAA